CCAUAGCGACAUGGCCUAGGCCGGCAGCCGGCCUGGACUCGGCCCCGGCGGGCGGGACGGCGGCGGGGCCAGGCCAGGCGGGGCGAGGCUGGGCCGGGCCGGUGGCGACUGGAGCAGGUGCGGGUCUGAGCGGCCCGGCGGGGAUGAGCCAUGGCUUCGGUGAAGGUGGCCGUGCGAGUGCGGCCCAUGAACCGCAGGGAGAAAGAACUUAAUGCGAAGUUUAUUAUUUCAAUGGACAAAAACAAAACGACAAUCACAAACUUAAAGGUACCAGAGGGUGGUAGUGGAGACCCAGGACGAGAAAGAACUAAGACCUUUACCUAUGAUUUUUCCUAUUUCUCAGCAGACAGUGAAAGUCCCAGCUUUGUUUGUCAAGAAAUGGUUUUCAAGAAUCUUGGUACAGAUGUAAUUAGGUCUGCUUUUGAAGGUUAUAAUGCUUGUGUUUUUGCGUACGGACAGACUGGAUCUGGGAAGUCCUACACCAUGAUGGGAAAUGCGGGUGAUGCAGGUUUAAUACCUCGAAUUUGUGAAGGAUUAUUCAGCAAAAUAAGUGAGAAAACAAAGCGGAAUGAGGCAUCCUUUCGAACAGAAGUCAGUUAUCUGGAAAUUUAUAAUGAACGUGUGAGAGAUCUUCUCAGACGGAAGUCAUCAAAAACUAAUAAUUUACGGAUACGAGAACAUCCAAAAGAAGGGCCUUAUGUUGAGGACUUGUCUAAACAUUUAGUGCAAAAUUACACUGAUGUGGAGGAACUUAUGGAUGCAGGAAACAUAAAUAGAACGACGGCUGCAACUGGAAUGAAUGCUGUCAGUAGCAGGUCGCACGCCAUCUUCACGAUCAACUUCACUCAGGCUAAAUUUGAUUCUGAAAUGCCUUGUGAGACUGUUAGCAAGAUUCAUUUGGUAGAUCUCGCUGGAAGUGAAAGAGCAGAUGCCACUGGUGCCACAGGGGUUAGAUUAAAGGAAGGAGGGAAUAUUAAUAAGUCUCUGGUUACUCUGGGAAAUGUAAUUUCUGCCUUAGCUGAUUUAUCUCAGGAUGCAACAAAUCCUCUUUCUAAGAAGAAACAAGUAUUUGUGCCUUACAGGGACUCUGUGUUGACUUGGCUGUUAAAAGAUAGCCUAGGAGGAAACUCUAAAACUAUUAUGAUUGCCACUAUUUCACCUGCUGAUGUCAAUUAUGGAGAAACUUUAAGUACACUUCGCUAUGCAAAUAGAGCCAAAAACAUCAUCAACAAGCCUACUAUUAAUGAGGAUCCUAACGUCAAACUGAUCCGUGAGCUGAGAGCUGAAAUAGCCCGAUUAAAAGCCCUGCUUGCUCAAGGGAAUCAGAUUGCACUCUUGCAUUCUCCAAUAGCUCUAAGUAUGGAAGAAAAGCUUCAGCAGAAUGAAGCAAGGGUACAAGAACUGACCAAAGAGUGGACAAACAAGUGGAAUGAAACUCAAGAUAUCUUGAAAGAACAAACCUUGGCUCUGCGGAAAGAAGGGAUAGGUGUUGUUUUGGAUUCUGAACUGCCUCAUCUCAUUGGCAUUGAUGAUGAUCUGCUCAGUACAGGUAUCAUCUUGUACCACUUGAAGGAGGGCCAAACGUAUGUUGGCAGAGAAGACGCUGUGACAGAACAGGAUAUUGUUCUUCAUGGCCUUGAUUUGGAAAGUGAGCAUUGCAUCUUUGAGAAUCUCAACGGUACUGUGAAUCUAAUACCACUGAAUGGAGCGCAGUGUUCUGUGAAUGGUAUUCAGAUUACAGAGGCCACACAACUAAACCAAGGUGCUGUUAUAUUACUUGGAAGAACCAAUAUGUUUCGCUUUAACCACCCCAAAGAAGCUGCUAAACUAAGAGAGAAAAGAAAGAUUGGACUGCUGUCUUCCUUCAGCUUGUCUAUGACAGAUCUUUCAAAAUCUUGUGAGAACCUGUCAGCAGUUAUGCUUUAUAAUCCAGGUCUUUUCCCUGUAAAAGGACCGAUCUGUCUAAGGCUAGAAUUUGAGAGGCAGCAACGAGAAGAGCUUGAAAAAUUAGAAAGUAAAAGGAAACAAAUAGAAGAGAUGGAAGAAAAACAAAGAUCUGACAAAGCCGAACUUGUAAGAAUGCAGCAAGAAGUAGAGUCGCAGCGCAAAGAGACAGAAAUAGUACAGCUGGAAAUUCGAAAACAGGAAGAGAGUCUCAAACGGAGAAGUGUUCACAUUGAGAGCAGGUUAAAGGAUUUGCUGGCUGAAAAGGAAAAAUUCGAAGAAGAGAGAUUACGGGAACAACAGGAGAUAGAGCUUCAAAAGACAAAGCAGCAGGAAGAAAUUUUUGCCCGGGUCAAAGAGGAGUUGCAGCGACUACAAGAACUUAAUCAUGAUGAGAAAUCAGAGAAAAUGCAGAUUUUCCGUGAACUAGAAAAACUUAAAAAGGAAAAAGAUGAACAGUAUAUUAAGCUGGAAUCAGAAAAAAAGAGACUUGAAGAACAGGAAAGGGAGCAGGUGAUGCUGGUGACUCAUCUAGAAGAGCAACUUAGAGAAAAACAGGUAAUGAUAGAGCUCCUGAAGAGAGGGGAUGUACAAAGAGUUGAAGAAGAGAAAAGAGAUCUUGAAGAUAUUAGGGAGUCUCUUUUGAAAGUCAAGGAAGCCCGAUCUGAAGGUGAUGAAAACUGUCAAGAGUUAGAAAAAGCACAGCAUGAUUUUGUGGAGUUUAAAAGGAAACAACUGGAACAAUUGACUCUUUUGGAAAAAGAUUUAAUUCAGCAAAUGGAUCACCUAGAAAAGGAAAUAGCAGAUGGCAAAGGAGCUCUGGAACACUUAAUAUUUGCACAUGAGGAGCAUUUAAAUCUCAAGAGAGAUGAUGAAGACUUUGUGGAUGCUGUGUUCAAGGCUGAAGAAGUUGACAAGGUAAAGCCAGCAGAGUACAGGCUCCAAUCUAAAGUACGCCAGCUUGAGUACCUGAAAAGUAAUCAUUUGCCAGCUCUGCUGGAAGAAAAACGAAGGGCUUCUGAAGUCCUUGAUAGGGGCUUGUUAGGGUUAGAUAACACUCUCUAUCAAAUAGAGAAAGAAAUAGAGGAAAAAGAAGAGCAGCUUGCCCAGUAUAGAGCCAGCACAAAUCAGCUGCAGCAGCUUCAGGAAACAUUUGAAUUCACAGCCAAUGUAGCUCGUCAGGAAGAAAAGGUUCGCAAAAAGGAAAAAGAAAUCCUUGAGUCAAGGGAAAAGCAGCAGAGGGAGGCGCUGGAGCUGGCUGUCGCGAAGUUAGAAAGACGGCACUCUGCUUUGCAGCGUCGUUCGACGAUAGACUUUGAAAUCGAGGAGCAGAAGCAGAAGCUUGCCACCUUGAACAACACCUGCGGCGAACAGGCUGGGCUGCAGGCCAGUCUGGAAGCUGAGCAAAAAGCCCUCGAACAAGACCGAGAAAGGUUGGACCAGGAAAUUCAGCAACUGAAGCAAAAAAUCUAUGAGGGCGAUGGUUGUCAGAAAGGAAAUCAUGGAACGUUAGAAGAGAGACUGUCCCACCCCGCUUUCCCUACCAGCCCGACAAAGCCACAGCCGCCUGCUGCUCCACUAGUUGACGAUAGGAUAAAUGCCUUUAUUGAACAAGAAGUGCAGAGAAGGCUCCAGAAUAUUCAUCAUAAAGCUGAGGAUAAUGACGUUAGCCUGUCCUGGUCUGCAGAAAGUGGAAAGGAUAAUGAGAGGCUUAAUAAUGGCACUGUUAAACGCAAGCUGAAGUAUGAGAAAAGUCAACAGUGGCAGCCACAUUGUGGCUUUCCAUUUAUGCCUAAAGAUGGCAAUUGUGUUUCUGAGUUGUGUGGAGGCAACGCAGGAGCAAGAGUCCAUAAAAGACAGAUGGAAUAUACAGAGAUGUGGGAUUUAUUUACCAGUUCUGGAAGAAUCUCCUCCUCUUUUACAUCAGAGAACACAUUUGAGAAUGAAGGGAAUAAUUUGGAACAAGAGAACUUUGCUUGUCACUGUGACGUUGAAAGUAGUUUAAUUCACUCUAAAAAUAUUAAUACUUUAAAGAAUAAGAAUGUUCCUCAUCAGAAUGUUUUAUCUACUUCUUUACGAAGUCAUGACUUAAAUAACGUGGCUUAUUCGCUCUGCAAGGUUGAAAAUUUCAGUCAUUUUGACAAUAAAAUAACAAUUUCUCAGGAUUUUGACAGCUCAAGAACUGAAUCUGAUUGUUCCCACUUGAAACAGCUGUCUCCUGUAGGAUCCUUAAUGGGUGCUAAUGAGCAGGAUGGCUUUAACAGUGUAUUGUGCCUUCACUUUUCUCAGUCUAAUGUGCAUUCUGAAAUAAUAACUUAUAAAGAAAACAGCCCAUUUAAGACGAUGCACCAGACAAUCAAAGACCAGGCUAGUAAUCCUCAGCUUCCAACACAAGAAACCUCUGAAUUGAUUUCUUUCAAGUCAACAGCUUCUCGUUUUGAUGUGAGCCCAGAGCACAGCUAUGGCUUGGGUUAUCUUUUCAGUAAGCUUUCCUGCCUCUACAAAGAUACCAGUAGUCAGCUGCUCAACGGUACGGUGGUUUCGAAACAAAUAAAGGAGCUGGGAAGUUUGUGUGACAGAAGUGAGAGAUGUGCACAAGUGGUAUCAUUAAUAAAAAAUUUGCCAUUUAUAAGAAACUUGCAAGUAAAUAUAUUCUUCAAGUCAGAUACGAAUCAAGACUUGUGCCACUCUACUGAUGAUGCUGAAGUUCAUACUGGAAAUGUCAUUCAGCCUGAAUGUCCUGGGCAAGAGGUUAUCACAGUGUGUGCAAGCACAGAGAUCUCUGGCGGUUGUGCAAGAAAGCCCUACGAAGGAUUCGCGUGCUGUUGUGAAAAUGAAGAGCUGGAAAAGAGUCUUGUGUUAAGACAGGAAUUUGUGCAUUUUCCUGCUGUCCUUUCGAAGCUUCAGGUCUGUUCUCUGGAAAAAGUCCUGGAAUUUUUGACCUGUGCCUUACCUCAAAUUUGUAUGAGAAUGGAGGAGUUGAAAGGUGUCUAUUGGCUUGUGGUUGCCAAUUGCAGAAAGCCUGAACCACAACCUGCGUGCUUGCUUUUGUUCAGCUCCAUCCUCUAUGUUGUUUCACCAGUCAAACAAGAUGUCUGCCCCAGUUCCUUGGCAAUGCUUCAUGAGGUUCCCAUUGUCACGAUAAAGGAGAUUCAAGUUGGCUUUGCCGGACAGAAUAUUAGUCUUCUGUGUUCUGCUGAAGAUGGUUUACUAACAAUAUUUACCUAUAACAAACGCUUGACUCAAAGAAUUUGCCAUGAUAUAAUAAGCCUUUUUAUUUCUGCAACGGAUGAUGCUAUUUAUUUAAAUCACCAGCUCUUGAAAGACGAUUUGAUGCAACUUUCGCUUGACUGGACAGCAGAAGUAAAUGAUUUCAUUUUUUCUAAUGGAGUACGAUUGUCCUGUAAUUUUAGAACUGAAUUAGCUGAUCUAGUUUACAUCCUCCAUGAAAAUAUGGGAAGUAUUAAACCUUCAUUAGGUGAUAUUCAUGUACUGCUGUAUUCUUCAGUGAAAGUAGACUCUGCUAAGCAGACUUUGUAUAGAACUCUCAUUCUUACAACUACUCAUAUAGGUCUCUUAAGGGAAAAUAAAGUCUUUUAUCCUUCACCUAACUUUCCGGGUGCUUCAUGCCAGCGUUCACAAUUUGACAGCCUUCAGUUGUACAGUUUGAAUGAUAUCCGAUGUGUAGUUUUUCCAGAUAAAGAGAACUUCACAAAAAUUGAGCUUGUGUUUUCUAGAAGGAGUAAGGUUGGAUCUGAUUCAGGAAUUGUUUGUUCUAAAUACUGUGAAAAAGAAAUAAAUACUCAACUGACAGUCAUCCCAUCAAUUCUUCAAAGCAGUUCACAUAUCCCUUUGGAAACCUGGAAAUUAACAUUCAGUUCAAGUGAAGAAGCCAUUUGGCUAAUUAAGCAUCUGACUAGGUGUUGAAAUCCAAAUACGUUAAUGAAUACUGAUAAUUUUUUUCUUUUCUUUUUUUUUUUUUUUUUGUUUUAUGUUAUCAAUAGGCAAAAGAGUCUCUUAAACCUGUAAGGGAAUACGGUACAAUAUGAACAUACAUAUUAGCAAAAAACAUUAUUACUUGAGUACUUACUUUUUGUGAGUCUCUGAUAUGCUGUAUAUAAAUUUUAUUGGGAAAGUGAAGAAAUUAAAU